AUGCGCGAGUACAAGCUCGUGGUUCUUGGUUCUGGAGGUGUUGGGAAGUCUGCUCUGACAGUGCAGUUUGUUCAGGGAAUUUUUGUAGAAAAAUAUGAUCCCACUAUAGAGGAUUCAUACAGAAAGCAAGUGGAAGUAGAAGGGCAGCAGUGCAUGCUUGAAAUUCUUGAUACUGCUGGAACAGAGCAAUUCACCGCAAUGAGAGACUUGUAUAUGAAGAAUGGUCAGGGAUUUGCACUAGUAUACUCUAUCACUGCACAGUCAACAUUUAAUGACUUGCAAGACUUGAGGGAACAGAUUUUACGAGUAAAAGACACGGAAGAUGUUCCCAUGAUUUUAGUGGGCAAUAAGUGCGAUUUGGAAGAUGAGCGGGUAGUUGGCAAAGAACAGGGACAAAACCUAGCCAGACAAUGGAACAAUUGUGCCUUUUUAGAAUCUUCUGCUAAGUCUAAGAUCAAUGUAAAUGAGGUUAGUAGUGAUUUGAUAUGA